AACUCAGCAGUUCUCUUUUGGUAGACAACUAGCGAACGUGAAGUUGGGUUGUGUUGUGCCGGUUUGAUUUCCUUUUAUUUAAAUAUUAAAUUCUGUGCUUUAAAAUUAUCUUAUUAGUGGGAAAAUGGCAUUAAUUCGUUUCACUGCCAAUAAAUUACAGGAUGCGCAGAAGCUGACUUCACCUUUGACUACUUAUAUUCGUAAUAUCUCAGCGGCAUCAAAUAACUUACGAGAUGUUUUACAAAAUAAAAUCCCGGCUGAACAAGAAAGAGUCAAGAAAUUUCGUAAGGAACAUGGAAGUACAAAAGUUGGAGAGGUUACAGUUGAUAUGAUGUAUGGUGGUAUGCGUGGUAUUAAAGGUUUAGUUUGGGAACCUUCAGUAUUGGAUCCUGAUGAGGGUAUCCGAUUCCGUGGAUUAUCAAUUCCAGAAUGCCAAAAAGUUUUACCAAAAGCUCCUGGCGGUAGCGAACCUCUUCCAGAAGGCCUUUUUUGGCUUCUAGUCACUGGUGAUGUACCAAAUGAUAAUCAAGUUAAAGAAUUAUCAAAAGAAUGGGCAAAACGUGCUGCAUUACCAAAUCAUGUUGUGACAAUGUUAAAUAAUAUGCCAACAACAUUGCAUCCAAUGUCACAAUUUUCAUGUGCUGUAACAGCACUUAAUCACGACAGUAAAUUUGCAAAAGCAUAUUCACAAGGUGUAAAUAAAGCAAAAUAUUGGGAAUAUGUAUAUGAAGAUAGCAUGGAUUUAAUAGCUAAAUUACCAGUUGUCGCUGCAACAAUUUAUAAUAAUACUUAUAAAGGUGGAAAAGGUAAUCAAACAAUUGAUCCAAAUUUAGAUUGGUCAGCUAACUUUUCAAAUAUGUUGGGUGUAAACAGCUCUAAUGAAUUCACAGAAUUAAUGAGAUUAUAUUUGACAAUCCAUAGUGAUCAUGAAGGUGGAAAUGUAUCAGCGCACACAACACAUUUGGUUGGUUCCGCUUUGAGUGACCCAUAUCUUUCCUUCGCAGCUGGCUUAAAUGGAUUAGCUGGUCCUUUACAUGGUUUAGCCAAUCAAGAAGUACUCAUUUGGUUAUUAAAACUUCAAAAAGAUAUUGGAGUAAAUGCAACAGAAGACCAAAUGAAAGAUUUCAUCUGGAAAACAUUGAAAUCCGGACAAGUUGUACCCGGUUAUGGUCACGCUGUUCUUCGUAAAACUGAUCCAAGAUACACUUGCCAACGAGAAUUCGCCUUGAAACAUCUACCAGAUGAUCCCUUAUUCAAACUUGUAUCAACAAUUUACAAAGUAGUACCUCCAAUUUUAACUGAAUUGGGUAAAGUUAAGAACCCAUGGCCAAAUGUUGAUGCUCAUUCUGGUGUUCUUUUGCAAUACUAUAAACUUAAGGAAAUGAAUUAUUAUACAGUUCUUUUUGGUGUAUCACGUGCUCUUGGUGUAUUAGCUUCCUUAAUUUGGGAUCGUGCUUUAGGUUUACCAAUUGAAAGACCAAAAUCAUUAUCAACAGAUUUGCUUAUAAAAGCUGUUAAAAAAUGAAAAGUUUUCCAUUAAUUUUAUUUUUAAUUUAACAUUUUUUAUUUUAGAAAUCAUCCCUCCCUUAUCGUCCGAAAGUUUUUUUUUUUCUUAAAAUAAUUUAAAAUUAUUCAUACUGACUAAUAGAUUUACUAUUGUAACUAUUGUCGUGAGUCUUACAAAAUGUUGUUAUAGCAUUUUAUAUACAUACAUACAUAAAUCAUUAAGAAUAUAAAAUAUUUGAAAUGUAUAUUUUUUAAUUGAAAUUGCUUUUACUUUCCUAUAAUUUAAAAGGUAUAACUGUAAUCAAUUCAUUUAAAUAGGAAACGUAAAAACAUUUUUAAUUUCGUUUUAAGCAUAAUGAAGCAAAGAUUAAUAUUUAUUUUAUUUACCAAGAAUAUUUUCGAAUAAAAUUCAUCUUGGUUGGUAAUUUAAUUAGCUGAUAACUGAUACAAACUGCAAUUCAUUUAAUUUAAUGAGCUACAUACAUGUUUUUUUUUGGAUUUGGUUAAAUUAAUAAGAAAAAUGAGCAUUAAAACGCUUUGGGAAAUAUACUUAAUUUUAUUAUUUAUAUUAUUGAAAAGUGGAAGUGUAAAAUAUUUAAUUUGUCAAUUAUUAUAAUUAUUUUUAAUUUUUUUAUUUGUUAAUUUCUUAAUUAUGUUGACUUACAAAUGUAUUAAAUUAUACAAAACAAAUUAAAUAUAACCACCAAAUCAA